AGAAUUGAAGGGAUGUAAUAUAAAGAGUGUUUGAAAGAAAGCAAACCACAAGAAAAUGAUGGAGCCGGUGCCUGCAAUGUACCUGCAGAAUGUCCAGCACAUGUUACCCCCUCAACCACAGGCCCCUCCUGCUGCCUCAGAUGCCUGCCUCACAAUCGUUCACUCUCUUAUGUGCCAUCGACAGGGUGCAGUGCAUGGUGGAGAAGACGAAACUUUCGCAAAGCGCGCCAUCGAGUCUCUUGUAAAGAAACUGAAAGAGAAGAGAGACGAGCUAGACGCGCUUAUAAUAGCAGUGACUAUGUCCGGGCGCAGACCGAGCAAAUGUGUAACUAUACAGCGCACACUAGAUGGCAGACUGCAAGUGGCAGGAAAGAAGGGAUUCCCUCAUGUCAUAUACGCUAGACUGUGGAGGUGGCCGGACCUUCACAAGAAUGAGUUAAAGCAUAUCAGCGUAUGCCAGUACGCGUUCGACUUGAAGUGUGACCUGGUGUGCGUUAACCCGUACCACUACGAGCGUGUCAUCUCCCCCGCUCAAAUCCCGUAUCCAUUGGACAUCAGCGGAUUGACAAUUUACCAAACUGCUCCCCCUUCGAGAUUAGUAAAAGACGAGUUUGUGCACGAUUGUAUACAAAUAGAAGGAGAAGGAGGAACUCACACUGUCGAACGUAAAAGUGGCUGGGAUAGCGGUUAUGGAUGCAACAGUUCUCUCCCCACCGUAGAACACCUCAAUAAAAACUUUUGGGCUGAUAACCCAGAUCCGCCCUCAAUAUUGCAACACAGCUCCAUGGAACAGCGACCACCUUCCCCCAUACUUCGAGGACAGCUUAUUUCCCCUGAACACUGGUGUUCCGUUCAGUACUUCGAACUCGAUCACAAGGUCGGGGAAACAUUCAAAGUAAUAGCGCAGUACCGGGAGGUUAAGAUAGACGGCUACGUAAAUCCAUCCGAACCUAACCGCUUCUGUCUCGGUCAACUCAGCAACGUUCACAGAACAGAGGCCAGCGAGAAAGCUAGGCUCCAUGUUGGUAAAGGAGUAAAGUUGACGUUGUCAGGAGAAGGAGACGUCUGGCUGGAGUGCCAGAGUCAACAUCCCGUCUUUGUUCAGAGCCAGUACCUGGACAAGGAGGCUAAGAGGGAGCCUGGGGACGCUGUCCACAAGAUAUUCCCCGGCACUCAUCUUAAAGUGUUUGACCUACAUGAUUGUUACGACACGAUAAAGGGCAAGGCACAGAAGGCCCAGUCAGCAGCCAGGGCCCAGGCUCUGGCAGUGAGCGGGAGCCCGGAGGCUGCUCAUGCUGCUCUGCAAGUUGUCGGUGAGAGUCCUAAAGCAAUAAACCCCGAAAGUGGAACUCUAACAAGGGACGGAAUGGCUCAGAUAAACGCUGCAGCUAAUAUCGGUGUGGACGAUCUCAGACGAAUGUGUAUCCUCAGGUUGAGUUUUGUGAAGGGUUGGGGGCCUGAUUACCACCGUGUCAACAUCAAGUACACCCCUUGUUGGAUCGAAAUCCAGCUGCACCGGGCCCUCCAGCUCCUUGACCAUGUCCUGCAGUGGACUCAGAUGUAUGAAGCUGGACAGGAUCAUUAGCAACGGGCUCGCCUGGUAUCAGAGUUUUAUAACGUUUGUACUAUAUACAUGGCAUACAGUAGACCUAAAGACUGGAGGACCUCACGACCUAAAUAGCGGAGCAUGAGACCCCACGCGUGACCCCUCACGCGUGACCCUACCACGUGACAAACGUGUGAACAGUACCGCGCAACUUAGCGUGACCACUUUAUAUGCCGUCUGUGAUUUGUGAAUACUUUCUUCAGAAUUGUAGUACAUAGAUGUGUCGUAGAAAGGGAAAAACUUCGAUUCAGACCAAUGGACAGUCCACAAUAAUUAUAUUUAUUUAAUUUGAUAACCUCAAUUUUUACUGAAUUUUGUGAUGAAAAUAAGUAUUAUAGAUAUAGAUAUCAUUAUUGUGCGUUUGAAACGUUUUAUGAAAAGAAAUUUGAACGAAAUAUUAUUAUUGGUAGAAAAGCUCAUGCCCUUAUUAGUUAUUUUAUUGAACCAUUAUAUUUUCUUACUUGCAUAAACGUAUAAUAAAGUAGCGGGGUAAGAGUUUUCAUUUUACUUUUGAGCCAUUGAAACGUAGGCCCAUUGAUUUCAUUUCUCAAUUUAUCUGGAAAAUAAAAAUUAUGUUUAAUUUCAUUAUAGUUUUUAUCCUUUACUUGAUAAUAAA